CAAUCCCAUCACACAAAAACUCAUAUCAUCACACUAAUCUCUCAAUCAUCACUUAAAAGAAACAAAUCAUCACAAAAUUAAUAAAAAAUCGAAUCGAAACUAAAAAACAAGAGAAAAAUAAAAGAGAAUCAGAAUUUAAUAUUUAUUACUCUCUCCAUCAAAUGGAAACAAGAUCCGCCAAGCGAAGGAGAAAACAGCUCCAGACGGCGGCGGUGGCCACCAAUACGCCGCUGAGAUCCUACCGUUCGGACCUCAUCAGCAACCUCCCCGACGACGUCAUCCACCAGAUCCUCUCCCACCUCCCUAUCAAAUCCAUCGCCCAAACCAGCUCACUCUCCCGACGCUGGAGAUCCCUAUGGCACUCCUUCCCCGACCUCGAUUUCACCACAAUCGCCGGCGCCAAAUGCGACCUUCUCCCCAAAUCCUCCCUCGCAUCCACCUCGCCGUCGAAGCACGGCCGUCGAUCCCGGGCCCACCCGACCCAGGACCCUUCCCGGACGGACCAGAUCUCGGCCCUCCUUGAAAAGCGCAACGCCGACGUCCGAGUCCUCAAACUCCGGGACUCCGUGAGCUUCACGCGCCUCUCGGUCAUGAUCCGCCACGCCGUCCGGCGCAACGUGCGUGAGCUCGACCUUGAGGUCUCCACCUGCGACUACUUCAAUUUCCCCCGCGCCCUCGCGAACAGCUCCACCCUGAAGUCCCUGCGCCUCAAAUCCUGGCACCCGGGCUUCCGGCUGCCUCCUUUAGAGACCAUGAGGGACGGCUUCAGAUCUCUCACCGUCCUCUCCCUGGUGAGGCCCGUCCUUCGCGACAGCCCCUCGCUCGUCGAUCUCUUCACGCGCUCGUCUUUCCCCUUUCUGAAGAAGCUGCACCUCGAGUCCUGUUUCGAGAUGAGGCAGCUGAGGGUCGAGUGCCGGGGGCUAGAGGAUCUGACCAUCGAGCGCUGCUUGCAGCUUCAGGAUUUGGAAAUCCGUGCGGAGAGGCUGGAGAGGCUCAGGGUGACGAGCUGUUUCGAGUCUCACGGGCUCGGGAGUAGGGUAGGGGUGGAGGCCCCAAGGCUGGGGCUCCUUGUGUGGACUUGCAAUGCAGUCACUGAUGAGUGUGUGCUGACUGGGCUGGGCUCGCUGCACGAAGCGUUUGUCGGGUUCUUCAGGGAAGAUCCGGCGGAUUUGGGUGAGAGGAAGGCCGAGAGCGUGUGGAAGUUUCUGAAAGGGAUCUCUUGCUGCUGCUCGUUGACGCUCGAGAGCCAGUGUGUCGAGAUUAUAUCAAGAAACAAUCGGUUUGCAGGCAUUUCACUGUGCCCUUUUAACGAGCUAAAGUCUCUCGAGUUAAGCACGUGUUUUAACAAACACAAUAAUCCCGGGUUAGCAAGCCUUUUCAGAAGUUCCCCCAACGUGCACACCGUUGUUAUCAAGAUUAUUAGUAUUCGAAAUUCUAAACGACGACAAUGGCACAAGGACCUGUGGCAAUCCCCGAGCUCUGGGGAAGAAAGAUAUUGGGAGUCACAAGCUCAAUAUUUGAAGCCUUUUCUUCAUAACUUGAAGGUUGUAAAAAUUCACGGCUUCACGGAGUGCGCAACCGAAGUUAGUCUCGUGAAGUUUUUACUGAUGCAUGGCAAAGUACUGCAGGAACUUUUUCUGUGGACGAGCCUGUCAAGGCCGAGAGACUCCCUUCUGCGCGAGAAAAUCAAGUCGCAGAUCAUGGGCUUUUCGAGGGCUUCUUCAAAUGCUAACAUUGUUUUUGAGUAGUUGAGUCUUAAUUCAGUUUUUUAGUUUUACUGGAACCGACUAAUGGACAAUCAAAUAAUAUCUGGUUUUAGAAUAAAGUAUCCGAUUAAUGCACCAUAGCCUGUAAAUUGGAAAAUCAGAAGAAAUUUUGAACUUCGUCUAUACAUCACCAUGCAUCUUCAAUAUACAAUCAUUCGGAUUUUUGUCCAAAGGCUUUAUUCAUUUACUCACAGGACAAUGAUGGAAGUACAUGAAACAACAAAAGCUUUU